ACACACACACACACACACACACACACACACACACACACACAUAUAUAUAUUAUGUAUGUCUGACAAUAUAAUGUAUGUUCGGCAUCAUCCGUGCUGGCCAUGACUGACUGGCUGAGAUAGUUGAUUUGGCUAUGUCGAUUAAAAUCGCUCCACCAUUUCCAGGUUCUCAUUUCAGUUUGUGACAAAACAAGCGAUUUAUAGUGUAGAGAAUCAUUGUACCAUCUAAACCUCUGUGAAAUAUUUUUUUUCCAUUAUCAAAAAUGUAUUUUCAGCUGUUUUGAAGCUGGUAUACAAAACCGAAAGUAAAACGGGAAGCAUAGAAAUAGCACACACAGAACAGAUCUACCGUUUCUUAGACAUCCUAUGUGAUUUUUGUCUGGUCGCCCAAAAAGUUACAUAUUGCAGCUUUAAGAAUGAAAAGAGGGGAUGUUCAUGUGGUUGAGCUGGACCUUGAGAUUUGAAGGAGGGGAGAUGUUGACAUGUUGGGGUGUUUGAGCUGAUCUUGGAGAUGGGAUAAAGGAUUGUUGUACGCAUUGUAUAUGUUUUUUGUUUUUAAAAAGUGCUUGAAUAGCAAUAAUUUCUCCAUUUGACUCCCAAGUGCGCGCUAUAAUCACUUUUACUGACUUAAUACCAGAAGGGAGCAAACCUGCAAAAUCUGUCUAACAGCAUUUCCAACCAAACAAUGCAUCAAAAGCAAUCAGACACCACUGAUAUUGGACACGGAAUACAUAACUUCCAUCGAUCUGUCUCUCUGAUGAUCAAUAAUUCACAAGCCAUCUGUGUCAUGCUGUACUUCCUGAUACCAUUUGAGGUCAGAUCACAAAACCAUUAGAAAUAGACAUCAACAUGUAUCAAAGUAACUGGGAUCAUCUUUUGUCCAGAAAACUGAUUUUCUACCAUGUUAGUUUUUUUCUGUUUAUUAAGGGAGAAUUAGACUGUUAGCCAAUACUACAGUCUCUCUUCUCAGCCCCCUGCUACAGCCGGACAUAGAUCGUUAUCUCUCUCACUGCAAGUUCAACUGUGAAACUGCACGCCCUGUGGAGAGCAAAAAAAAAAAGGGAGAGCAGGCGCAUCGAAGGAGAGACGGGGACAUCGGACAGAGGGAGAGUUUCAGAAAAAGAGGAGGAAGUGAGGAACAAAACUACAGACUGACAAAAAGAUGCAAAGAAGCCCUACGCACAGAGCAUGAGGUGGAGAGUUAGAAAAGAGAAGACUGCAUUGUAUUAAAUUAAAUGAAGGCCCCACCCUGGCUGCAACAUUAUUGACUAAAAUUAGCGGGUGAAGCUAAACGGCUGUAACCUAGUGUCAUGCCCUACAUUACCAUGGAGAAUAAAACCUGCCUUCCAUAAUGGGAUCUUUCAUACUGCACCAUCUGGAUGUCACUGGAAACAUGAGGUACAUUCACAAAUGUUAGCCUAGCUGGUCUAGGACCAGUCCACAAUUGAUUUGUACCAAAAAGCUGUGAUCGGAUCUCAGACCGACUUCCUCAACAUCCUGACUUGGUGUCUGCAUCAUUCAUCUGGGUGUUUUGAAGUAAAACAAUUGGUCUGAAGAAGCUCUGAGAAUGAUGACCAUGUCAGUGCUGGCCACCACCGGACCAGAAAGCAGCGGCUCAAUGACGCAGCUCGUCCCCAUCCCCACGCUGAACAUCCUCCCCCCGUCCUCAGACACCGAUGCCUGGUCUCGCUCUCCCAGCCCCCGGCCUCCCCGCCGCCACCGGUGCUCCCGCCCUCACCGGAGCAGAGCCUGGACCAAGAAGAGGAGCGAUGGAGAACAAGAGGAGUCACUCAAACCCCGGUGGGACGGCACUGAGGAGGAGGGGAGGUUGAAGGGGAGCGCUGCUCAAAGAAGCCACUCACUUCUCCCUUCACCCCUCUUGCCACCCCACGUGGAGGACGCGGUCCUGGGCCCUUCCUCGGACCUCUUGCUACCCCCGUCUCGCACCUCCUGGUCACGUAGCUCGUCUCCCGGCCGGCGUUCACGCUGGUCCCUCAGGAGUCUGCUCAGCAGGGAGUCUGACGGGGACAGCUGCAGUACUGCCAGUAACUCUCCGCGCAGCACCCCUGGCAGCUCCCCCUCUCUGCGCCGCCGGGUGCUGGGGGUUAGUGGUGGGGGUGGAAGCAGGACCAGCGACGCAGAGGGUGGCCCGGGGGAGCGCAGCGGGGAAAGGAGGGGUUCGGACAGCCCCCUGCUCUCCUCCUCCGCCUCCGCUUACCCAAUCGCCUCGCGCCAUUUCAGCCGCAAUGCCAAGAAAAUGCAGAGCUGGUACAAUGUUCUCAGUCCCACUUAUAAACAGCGCAAUGAGGAUUUCCGUAAACUCUUCAAGAAGCUGCCAGACACGGAACGCCUCAUAGUGGACUACUCAUGUGCGCUGCAGAAAGACAUCCUACUCCAGGGGAGACUCUAUCUGUCAGAGAACUGGCUCUGCUUCUAUAGCAAUAUCUUCCGCUGGGAAACCACUAUCACAAUCCUGCUGAAAGAUGUGACCACCCUGACCAAGGAGAAGACUGCCAAGGUCAUCCCCAACGCCAUUCAGAUCAGCACUGACCACGACAAGCACUUCUUCACGUCUUUCGGGGCUAGGGAUCGCAGCUACAUGAUGAUUUUCAGACUGUGGCAGAACGCACUGAUGGACAAGCCUCUGUCCCCAAAGGAGCUGUGGCACAUCGUCCAUCAGUGUUACGGCACUGAGCUGGGCCUCACCAGUGAAGACGAUGACUAUGUCUCCCCCACCGGCGAGCACAUUAACGGUCUACUGCCAGUGGAUGAGUCAGUCUCUGUCUCUGACCUGUUGGACCUCAGCUCCUUGGGGGCCAUAGCUUCUCUGGGUAGCUCGCCCCCCUCCAUGGCAGCCUUGUUCCCCAGUGGCCCCCUCCUAGCCAGUGGUGGUCUGGGCUCAUCUCCCCCCUCCUCAUCCACCUGUCUGCCCAUAGACAUCCCCGGCAGAACCUCCCUGGACCCCCCGGACCCCAGCCCGCCCAGCUCCCAGAUCUCCCUACACUCCACACACACCGCCUCCUUGUCCGCCCCCGCCUCGGCUGCUGCCUCUUUCUAUGUGGAGGAGGGCGGGGACAGCUUGUUGGAGUCGGCCAAUCAUAUGGUGCCCCUGUCUGCCACCAGCCUGGGAAACCUCUCCUCAUUGGACCAGCUCACCAACGACGACGAGCUGCCCACCGACCCCAGCAACUCCUCAGACACACAGGAAGAGGACGAGGUGGAGUCGUUCUGUGCGGACCUGGCGGGCCGGCUGCACAUCAACAUGGUGGUGCGCAUGAGCGUGGACAAGCUGCACGACCUGCUCUUCUCCGCAGACACACACUUCAUCCAGCAUCUCUUCUCCCAGCGCCACUUCACAGACCUGUCAGUUCGUGAGUGGCAGCAGGACGGCAGCAGUGGGAACACCAACCGGAUCCUGAGUUACACCAUCGCCAUCAACAACCCCCUGGGCCCCAAGACCGCCCCCGUAGUGGAGACGCAGACGCUGUAUAAGAACAGUGCCCCGGGCGAGUGUUACGUGGUGGACUCGGAGGUGAUUACCUCGGGCAUCCCCUACCAGGACUACUUCUACACCGUGCAUCGCUACUGCCUCACCUCCAUCAACAAGAACAAGAGCAGACUCCGGGUGUCGUCAGAUAUCUGCUACAAGAAGCAGCCGUGGAGCCUGGUGAAGGCGCUCAUCGAGAAGAACACCUGGAGCGGCAUCGAGGAGUACUACAGACACAUGGAGAGUGAGGUGUGUAAGCUGGAGACCCUGCUCCAGUCUGAGGUGUCAGUGGUGACCUCGGGGGAUGUGGUGGGGGCAGACUCUGCCAAGACACCCCCGGCCCUGCGGCGACGCAAACGCACCUGCUCCCGGCGCCCGGGGGACCGGGAGAGAGAGGGAGGGGGUGCGGGAGGUGGAGAGCGUGGGGACCGAGGGAUGGGAGAGGAGCGGAGAGAGGCGGGUGGUCAGUACAAGCACGGAGAGCGGUGGCGUGGUGGAGGCAGCAGCAUCUCUACCAUACUGCUCAUAGUCAGCUUCAUGAUCUGUGUCAGUCUGGUGGUGUUGGUGGCCCUCAACAUGCUCUUGUUUUACAAGUUGUAUUCUCUGGAGAGAGCUGCACACACACUGGAGACGUGGCACUCCUUCUCUCUGUCUGACAGUCCUCUACCCCAGUCUGCAGGAGAGUGGGCCCAGGUGUUGCAGCUCCAGAGACAGUUCCACCAGGCCCAGCUGGGCAAAUGGCAACAGAUCCUCCAAUCCUCAGUCACUCUGCUAGACCAGAUGAAACAGUCGUUGGAAAAGCUCCACCGUGGCAUCGUCACUCCAGAAGUCCAGCAGGAUCCCCCCUCGAACCCCACUUCAGAGUCUCUCACUGAGCACUGAUCCUCCAGCCAUCACCAGCCCUCAAGUGGGUAUGAAUAGACCACGGGGGAGGUAGCCAGAGGGGGAGGGUCCGGCUGGGCCAAUCAGGGAGAGUGACUCACUCUCACCCGACCCCAAAGCGCCACUCCUGCUUCUCUACUCAAAACAGACAGGGAGAUAUGUGGGGGGAGUGGGAAUUACCUGUAGGGGACCUUCACUACCCAUAACUCCCCACGCCUCAGUUUGAGCAACCUGCAAUGGGGUUGGGGGGUGAGAGACCUUUGGGGGGACUACACUACCCAUAAUUCCCCACACCUCAGUCCAAGUUCCACCUUCCAUAGUCACCACCACCUCUCACGUCCAGACAGUUAGACUGGGAAUGUCUUCAGGACUACAGCAAUAACAUAGUCAUUACAUUACCAUAUCUCCCACAGUCAGGGCUAAAGGCUGGCCAGUUUGUAUGGUACCAUCCGCUCCUCACAGGCAACCAACCAUGCUGCUCUCCCUGAACCAUCUCCCCUGCCUGAGCAGCCAAGAGACAUUUUCAAGACAGACCAUCGACUGCAUUUCAGCAUGUGCAGCCCUGCUGCUGCAUUUCAAAUGGAUAGACUCGGGUCCAACGCAUUUCAAAUGGAUAGACUCGGGUCCAACGCAUUUCCAAUGGAUAGACUCGGGUCCAACGCAUUUCAAAUGGAUAGACUCGGGUCCAACGCAUUUCAAAUGGAUAGACUCGGGUCCAACGCAUUUCAAAUGGAUAGACUCGGGUCCAACGCAUUUCAAAUGGAUAGACUCGGGUCCAACGCAUUUCAAAUGGAUAGACUCGGGUCCAACGCAUUUCAAAUGGAUAGACUCGGGUCCAACGCAUUUCAAAUGGCCUCGGUGUGAGGGGUCCGCUCAGCUAAGUCCCCCUUGAGCCUCCGGAAAUGAGGGACACAUGAGGAGAGCGCGACGAGAGGGGGGAUAGAUACAUGAGACUUUCUGUAAUCCAACAAUUUUAGUCGUUCUUCCUUUCUCUCUUUCUCUCCAUCUGGGAUCAGCAGCUUCCAUCUUAAAGGCUUGAUCUCUGACAGAGGCAGUACGUCCACUGGGAGAGUCAAUUCAAAACAAUACUUUUUAUUUUCAGACGUGAAUAAUACAAAAAGACUCCUAAAUCCUCUACUAGCUCAUGUUUAUCAUUAGCUGUCUUUUUGAGGGUGACUGGGUCGUUUUGGGAAUUGAGAGAGAGCGAAGGAUGAUUGUGUGCGCCAGACCAUUACAGUAUUUAUUUUACACGACUUUGAUUUCGAAAAGUCCUGUCCCGCUCUCAAUGCGAGUGAAUUUUUUUCCCUUCUAUAUGCCCUGUGUUAAUACUUCAGCACAGACCAAGAAAGAGCUAUAACAUUAAUAUUUUAUAUUUCCUGGUCAUAGCAAUAAUGAUAUUUGGUGAUUUAUACUACCUUUUGAAUGUGUAAAAAGUAGUAUGUCACUAAAGUGUGUUUAGGGCAAAAUGAGACGAGCAAGCAAAGAUCUGGAGUUGGAGAAGAAGACGGAGAAGUCUAUGUAUUAGAAAGAAGUGUCCUCAUCGUCACAUCGUCACUGUUACAUUUGGUAUUAUUAAGAUUAGUAUGAUUAUGACUUUGUUUGUUUUUCCGCACUCGGUCAACUUCUAAUUGUAUUAUUUGGAUCGGACUUGAAGUGUUUCAGGGUUACCGACUACUCUGUAGACCAGUCUGCGGACCAAAUAGCACCCUAUUCCCUUUAUAGUGUGGUGCACUACAUAGGACAUGAUGUGCCGUUUGGGACGCAGACGCCGUAGUCCAGGUAAACAGAGAGAUGCAAUAAACUAGUGACUUUCUCGUGUAAACUGGACUGGGACCAACCAGAAGUCUAGGCCCGGAAAAAGAUAAAGGGAAUCUAUUGCAGUACUGUGUUUGUGAGUUCAAAUUGACAUGUUACUCCUUUUCAUUUUAUAUCUUCAUUUUGUAGUCUAUCCUGUUUUCUUGUUUUUGUUUGUCGUAAGGUCAUCUCAUUUUAUUUUCUGCCCCCCCCACCCCCCAUCUGAUUCCCCCCUCACUGUCUAUCAUAAACCAUUUCUCUUUUCCUAAUUGUUUUCCUUUUCAUCCCCCUUCCUAUUGUCUUUCACUCUUCCUCUCUCUCUUUCCUCGUUGUGCUCCCUGCCCCCCUCUCUCCUUCCGUCUCUCGCCUGUGCAAGUGUGUGAGCCUUGCUGUGCACGGCCAAACAGUGAGUGAUCAAAGGAUGUACUAUAUUUAUUAGGGUCAGGGAGGAGGGGGGGAUGGGGGUCGCGGGGAGCAAAUGUACUGUAAAAGAUUUGAUUGUACACAAUGCCCUGGAGAGAAAUGAAAAGCUCUAAAAUAUGCAACAACUCAUCGGAGUCUUAUUUUUUAAAAAGUGUGUGUGUCAUUUUAAGCAUUUUCAUAAAAAGUUGAACUAAAAAGUAUUUCAAAACA